AAACUGCCAGCUGCGUGUCAGUGUGAUCGACCCAAGUUCUCAGUAAGUGUCCUCCCAGAACAGAGAAAGAGGGGGAUUCCCCAAGAGUCCAGACCCCUUCCUGCUUAUUACAGAACCCGUUUCCUGGUCAGAUUAGAAAAAUCCCCCCAAUUAGUUGAAUAGUUUCACUAAAAGAAGGAGGGUUUGGAACCUGUUGGGCAAUGGGUAUCCCGGUAUGAAAAAUAUAUAAAGAGGAUGAAACCACGGCAGAUACACAGCUCAGUGACAGAACACUGUGAUACACAGCAACCUACUGAACAACACCAUGCUCUCAGCACUCAAGUUUCAGAGAACUCCAAGGCACUUUUCCUGCCUGCGACUUCUACACAAAUCUGCAGUUGAAGUGCAGGAAAGGCCUGCCCCAGAGGAGACAGUCACCAGCAGUUUUGGAGGGUUCAUCCACUCUGUGCACCCGGGCCAGCUGUCAGACACUGUGCUGCACCGCAGUAAGAGGAUGAUCCUGGACAGCAUCGGGGUGGGGCUGCUGGGAAGCACCUCCCACGUCUUCCAGCUGGCUCUGCAGCACUGCCAGCAAAUGUAUGCUCCAGAUUACAUCAGUUCAGUCUUUGGUCGAGGGCACACAAGACUCUCUCCGAGUCUGGCAGCCUUUGUCAAUGGAGUAGCGGUCCAUUCAAUGGACUUCGAUGAUACCUGGCACCCAGCCACUCACCCCUCAGGGGCGGUCCUUCCUGCCCUGCUCGCUAUUGCUCAGAUGUUGCCUGGCAACGCCAAGCCCAGUGGGAUGGACCUCCUGUUAGCCUUCAACGUGGGCAUUGAGAUUCAGGGCCGGCUCAUGAGGUUCUCCAACGAAGCCCAAAACAUCCCCAACAGGUUCCAUCCCCCGACUGUGGUGGGCCCUCUGGGUAGUGCUGCUGCCUGCUCCCGUCUGCUCUCCCUGGAU